AUGACUCUCAUCACCAUCAUCACCACUUUCAUCGUUGCGCUCCUCCAAGUUACCUUGGCGCAGCGUAAGGCCCCUUGGGGUAUAAGUAGAAACCUUUUCUUUUUCCCUUGAACCUCCAAUGUUCGUCGUGUUCUGAGCUAACACUCUGCAGGGUUUCCCAUACGACGAAACCUUGUGGCACUCAGCUCCAUACUGCAAUGGAUAUACCGCUGGACCAGGAGGAGAUUGGCCAUCCCCAGAAUGCAGCGUUACCGUCCGUCAAAAGCCAGGUGAUUGGGCUACAGCUGAACUCUAUGGUACGCCCCUUCAUUCUCCCUUACAACAUCCUACCCCCCUCCACUUUCUCUUCAUAGCUAACUACUUUCCAUAGUCUACGACCACAACUGCACUGAAAUUGGUUUCAAUCCUGGCGUCCCAUUCGGCACAGAGGGAUUUGAACUCGACUCUACACUCCCAUACGUCAUCAUCAUCCAAAAUAUCACUCGUGGUCCUUUGACAUUCGACUAUGCCAAUCGUCACAACUUUCCUGGAAACAACUACUUUCUCACAUUCGACACUGGUAUCUCGGAGAGUAUUCCUGCUUGCUGGAACCAGUUUGUGUGUGCGCCUGCUGCUUUCGAUCCACCACCAGCUCAUCCACGUGCCAUUGGUGAGAAGGCGAGAAAGAGAGAUACUUUGGAGGCUUCUGCGGCGUAUCAAUGA